ACACACACACAAUAAUAGUCGGGGGUUCGGGAGAGGCCGUCAUGCUGUUUAUUGGCUGAGCCAAGACUCAUUACAUAUGUCAACAAACACUGAAAUAGGGACACCAUCGUGAUGCAAAACAACAGACGAAAUGAUCUUCACGCGGCGAAUAGGAAUUUCUGUGUUGUGUUCGCCUUUUUGACCUUGUUAAUCAUUGUCCUAAUCAGCGUGGUGAUAUAUCUUGCCGUUAAGCAUGAAGACGGUGAAGAUAAUCAAUCAUCGCCAACAAUGAUCACAAGCUCUUCUUUCGGAACGCACGAAGGAAAAGAAGUAACACAGUAUACCUUAAAGAACAAUAAAGGUACUGUCAUAAAGAUUCUGAAUUAUGGAGGAAUUAUCACAAACAUUUUAGUACCGGAUAAAAAUGGAAAGAAUGGUGAUAUUUGCCUUGGAUUUGACGACAUGAAAGGAUAUGCAACAAACGGUCCGUAUUUCGGGGCUUUGAUCGGGCGCUAUGCCAACAGGAUAGCCAAUGGCAGAUUUACCAUUGACGGUAAAACCUACCAGUUAGACAUUAACAAUGGCCCUAACGCUCUUCAUGGAGGAAAAGUCGGAUUUGAUAAAAGGUUAUGGGAUUCCAAAGUGGUGGGUGACGUUUUGGAAUUGACCUACGUUAGCGCUGACGGAGAGGAAAAUUACCCCGGUGAGGUCAAGGUCACUGUGAGAUAUCAACUGACGGAGGACAACGAGCUCGUUAUAAGGUACUCAGCGACGACCUCAGCGAAAACCGUCAUCAAUCUCACAAACCACGCCUACUUUAACUUAGCUGGACAGGGAUCAGGAACUAUUUUCGAUCACAAUGUGACGAUAAAUGCGGAUAAAUACACACCAGUUGAUUCUACCUCCAUUCCAACGGGGGAUAUUUCCGAUGUCCAAGGAACGGCAUGGGACUUGCGCACCAAAACGAACAUAGGGGAGGUAAUCCAUUCUGUGCCAGGUGGGGUCGGGUAUGACCACAAUUACUGCUUUGGAAAAACUGGCUGGCAGAAAUACAUGGCUAGAGUGGAGCAUCCUUCAUCUGGUCGAUUUCUAGAAAUGUACAGUACAGAGCCAGGGGUUCAGUUCUAUACAUCUUUUUACUUAAACGAAACCGGAAAAGGCGGGGCAGCUUACGAGAAAUUUGGCGCCUUUUGUCUGGAGGCCCAACAUUAUCCGGACAGUCCGAACAAACCGAAUUUUCCAACGACGUUAUUAGCCCCGUCCGAGACGUAUCUACAAACAACUACAUACAAAUUUGGAGUGAUGUGAUCUUGGUGAACGCCAAUAUAGUAUUCAUUUUAUUUUAUAUCUACACUUGGAGCUACAGACCUGCAGCUAGCGAGAGAAGCGAGAAAGUUUGAUGCACAUCAUAAUGUGUUGAAAAUAUUUUGUGUAUAGAAUUAUUGAGCAAACCCACCGGCCUUCCAUCACAUGGAUCACCAUAAAAAGCAUUUUAUUGUUUAAAUAUAUGCAAAGAUAGUCAUAACACACGUAGUAAAUGUCGUCAUUGUGUUAUUUUCACUAAAAUUGUAUGGCUUGAUGAUUAAUCUCGCUCAAUGGUAAGAUGUACUUUGGAUCAGAAGUUGAU